CACAUCAGCUGACCCGCAGCGACCCGGCGUGGGAGCUUUGAAGAUGGCGGCGUCCGCAGCUCCGAUCCUGCGGGAGAGCCCCAGCAUGAAGAAAGCAGUGUCGCUGAUAAAUGAAAUAGAUAUAGGAAGAUUUCCAAGAUUGCUCACCCGAAUUCUUCAAAAACUUCACCUGAAGACUGAGAACAGUUUCAGUGACGAAGAGGAAGAAAAACUUCAAGCUGCAUUUUCUCUAGAGAAACAAGAUCUUCACCUAGUUCUUGAGACAAUAUCAUUCAUUUUAGAACAGGCCGUGUAUCACAACAUGAAGCCAGCAGCUCUGCAGCAGCAGUUAGAAAACAUACACCUCAGAGCAGACAGAGCAGACGCGUUCGUCCACGCUUGGUCUUCUAUGGGUCAAGAGACUGUCGAAAAGUUCAGGCAGAGGGUUCUCGCUCCCCACAAGCUCGAGACGGUUGGAUGGCAGCUUAACCUUCAGAUGGCUCACUCCGCUCAAGCAAAACUGAAAUCUCCUCAAGCUGUCUUACAGCUGGGAGUGAGCAACGAAGAUUCAAAGAACCAGGGUACAGGCCAGAUGCACGGAAGGGUGAGAGGACUCACCAGAGACAGAGCGGGGAACGGAACAGGCAGACUGACGAAAUAUACUGCUGAGGAGAGCAGCGGGCGAGACAGGAGAGGUCUGCCACGCCAUGUGGGACCCUUGCCGGCCGGCGGGGAUCGAACCGGCGCUGCAGAGGCUGCAGACAGCUUCACAGCGCAGCGCUCAACCACCUGCGCUACCAGGGGAGGCCCUAGGAUGGAACUUUUUUUUUUUUUUUCAGGAAUUCUGUAAGUGAAAUUAGAGCUAAAAGAGUUGAUUAGAGUAGCCUGUUUUUGCUUGUUUUCUGCCUAAAUCGUGUUGAUUUUGGAGAUAUAUUUCUUUCGUUUCUUUUCAGUAAAGAGGAUGCUAUUAAAUAGUAUCAUGGUAAAAACAAUGUUUACUUCAUAACCACUGAAACCUUGCUUUUAUGAGAAUAAUGAAUUACAUUUAUGAAUGGCUCAUUAUAUACUAGGGUUUAUUCCAGCUUUCUGAGUUUGCCCAUCCCUCCUUGAAAGCCCGUUUGGACGAGAUAGUUCUCUCAUGUCUCUUGAUACAGCUGAGAGUUUUGAGCACGAGACUUACACCCACCUGGUUAAAAACUCUUCGUGAAACUUCACAUCUGAAAAAAAAAUCCACAGAAACCGGGGACACUUUUGAACCAUCCCUCUUGCUCUGCACCCAUGUGCAUGGAGGCCCAGGUACCCUAGUGCUGGUGGUGCCGGCAGAGGCCUUCCCUCAGUGUGAUCUAGAUUGCAAUUCUAGCUCUUUAUUCUUUAGUUCUGCCUUGUUUUCCAAGCCUUUUUUUUCAGUGUCAUCAUUUUUUGUGUCCUACCUGAGUCCUUUUCUGCUUCAGUUAACAGAGAUUGUUUCUGUUCUUUGCAAUAAAGAACUCUGACUAGUACAGUUAUUUUUGGCAUAAAUUGGUCUUAAUCUCUAGCUAUUUGUAAAUAUGUACUUUUUUUUUUUUUGGGAGGGGUGGACACUGCUGCUUAAACCAUGAAUUUUAGUUAUCAUUAUAAAAGGAAUUUAAAGGGGUGAGUAUAAGUUUUACUUAAGUAGUGGCAUCAGAAGAAACCAGUGAAAAUCUAAAGAAUACUGUUUAUAAGAAACUUUAUAUUUUUCACCAAAUUGAAAAGGAUAGCACUUUUUUGGUAGAUGUUAUUGUUGUUCGUAUAACCUUCAUUAUGAAAGGAGACAAAAACUGCUCUUAGGGGAAGGCCACCCCACCAGGCUACUCAAAGGGGCUGUGCACAACUUACACCCACACAGUCUUGAACAGCAUCUCCUCAGAUACAGAUUGGGUGCAUAUCAGUGCACAUAUAUAACAGUACACUUUGACUUGAAAGAUGGCUGUCGCAGCUACAAGCAUGCCUCACACAUCACGCGGGGCUAGACAAGGAGACCAACAUAAAAGAAAGCAGAUCUGAGAGAGAGAGAAACAGUCCUGAUGAUAUAUCUAAAUCCAGCCAUGCCUGCAGCUAUCCCUAUUCCUGUAUAUUUACUCCUGUGAGCCAAUAUGUGACCUUUCUGUUUGUGGCAGCUUGGGUUAAGUUCUCUGUCCUUGGCAACCAAGGAACUUGGAAACCAAGUUUCUUUGGAAAGUAAAUACUAAAUCAUCUUGUGGUAGCAUGACAAUAUAUUGCUAUCACAUUUUUAGGAUUAACUUUUCUAUGAUAUCUUAGUUAUAUAUAACUUUUGUACCCACAGUAUUAGCCAGGAAAGCCAACCAAUACUUGAAAUACCAAUCCAGAAAGAGAUGAGCAUGAAAAUUCAAAUCUUCAAUUCUGUAAAACUUGGAGAUAACUGCGUUUUUCUUCCAAUAUGAUGUAAAACUCUAAAGCACAACUUGGGAAAUAAAAGCUUAAAAGAAUAUUUAAGUCACGUAAAAUGUGUAUUUGUAAAGAGUUAAAAUUAGCAGCCAUAUUAUAAACAUUUGCUGGGUUAUAUUUGCUUUGUAACAAGCACUUUCUUAUAAUAAUAUUUAAAUUCUAAUGUUACCUCAUUAUAUAUAACUUUAGACAGUUUUGACAUUGUAACGUCAUUUUCUCUUAAAUCUCAAGAUUGAAAAAUAUGACCAUAAGGAUAAGAAUAACACUGGCUCCAGAUUUUUGUUGAAAAAUGUAUUUAUUAAUGUUGCGUUUAACAGCUCCAGUUUCUAUAUAUCCCAGUCCUCCCCUAAUCAUCUUUGAUUUGAAAUUGAUUUUCUUCAUUUCCUUUGUCAUUUACUGCCUCCUUAGAUACAGGAAUAAGUAAGGAACAAACAAAGUGCUCCUGGGGAAGGUGAAGAAACCUGUGUUAGUUGGGAUUGUCUUGGGUGCUAGUAUUUGAGACCUAAUACAUUAAA